GUAGUCGAGUGCAAUAUUCAUCGACAGUCUCUCCAUCACUUUGAACUGCUUGUCGAAAAGCAUGUCUCUCAAAUACUACAUUCUUCCGGGGCUCAAAAUAUUUGGUCAGAGCCUUCAGCGUUGUCUCAUACUUAGGCUCAUCCUCAUAUAACUCUUGAACUUCUGGUCCUGCACAGUGCAGUAGAAGGGCCCGCUUCUGACCAUCUGCUGAGACUCCUGAUGCUGCUAGGUAGUACUCAAAUACUCGUCUCCAUUUUGGCCAGGCAAUCCCUGCUCCCGGUCCCUGCUCUAGCCGAACGGACACCAAAGGGUGCUGGCUGUGAAAGGUCCACGCGUCGAGCCAUAUUCUCUCUGCCUUUUCAGGUUUUUUUUAUCCUCGUCGCCAAUUUUGUGUAUGUGUAUCCUAACUCUAAUACACACUUGAACUCAUACUCGGUCUCAAUCUCUACUCAAUAACUAGGCAUGUCUGCUUGGCUUGGAGUUACAUUCACAACUGACUUUGUUCUCUAUACUAAAACUACAAUAUAUAAUUCACUGUACAAAGUUACAUAAUAUUCGGAGGAAGGCAAAGUGAUAAGGAAAGUGUAAACAGAUGGAGUUGAACAAGGGGUUGUUCAUGGUGGGGGUAAUACAGCAUGGUCAAUAUUUACACAACUGGUCUGGGGUGGAAACAUGAUGAUAGUGAGCUUAUGAACGGAGAUGGAAACAGCAGUUGAGAUAAUGAGGCAUGAAUUAAUAGCAUGAUAGAAUGACAGAAUGAAAGUAUGGUUUGAUGAAGAAUGAAAUGUGUUGUAUGAACACAAUAACAAUUAAAUAUUUCAAAUUAGGCAGAAUUUGAACACUAAGUAUGUUCAAUUUCCUGAUGGGGUUCACUAACCCCCCCCCCCCUCAAAAAAAUAAACAGACAAAAUAAACAUACACACACAGACGAGUCGAGAGAUCGCGAGGAGGAGCAAAUAAUGCUUACACGCGCCCCUCACCUUGACUGAGAGGGAAAAAGUUCAUUGAGAGUUACGAGGACGAUCAAGAACAAUAUAGGAUAUGAUAUAGUUAUAAUGGGACUAACUAGUCAUGAUCGUGAAAGAGGCUGACAUACACUACACAGCUGUCGGGGGAAUUAAAUCGUGAGGAUCGCGUGUAACGGAACAGUUCUCUCUCCCUCUCUCUCUCGAUUAUCACUCAUUAAUUUUUACAUCAGUAACUCUUCUGAUCUGCUACACUGUAGUUCGGGAGUCUUUUUUUUUUAAUCAUGAACAAGCGCUUGUGAGAUGGAUUUCUUUAUCUUAAUCUUUCUGUUCGGAUCGGUCUCAAUUAUAGAGACAUUGGCGCACCCCUUGGUCAAGCUAGCUGAAGGAACGAUCGAGGGGAAUACGACCCAUUUUGACCACUUCGGUAUUAGAAAGACGGUCAAUAUUUAUCUCGGUGUCCCGUUUGCCGAACCACCUGUGCGUUUCAGUCCACCCACUCCCAAGGCAUCAUGGCAACACAUCUUAGAUACUAAGACGUUUAAACCAGCAUGUAUGCAACCAAUCUACAACAACUAUCCUAUCGUUGAUGAGGACUGUCUUUAUCUCAACGUGUAUACACCGAGUCCUAAGCCCAACAAUGCCGCAGUUCUGGUUUACAUCCACGGAGGGACCUUCGUUACAGGCUCCGCUAUGACUUAUAUGUAUUAUGGCGUUCCCUUGGUGGCGGUCGGUGACGUCAUCGUUGUCACAGUCAAUUACAGGGUGGGAAUAUUCUCACGAUUCUCAACAAGAGGUGAAGAGGCAAGAGGAAAUUUCGGAAUGCUUGAUCAGGUCGAAGCUUUGAGAUGGGUGCAGCGAAAUAUAGCAGCAUUCGGCGGUGACAGGGAUAGAGUUACAAUUUUCGGUGGAAGUGCUGGGGCUGCAAGCGUGGAUUUCCUACUGCUUUCAAAACUGAGUAGGGGACUCUUUAGCCAAGCAAUCAUGCAGAGUGGGAAUUCGUUUUCUGAAUGGGCCUUCAAGAAUCCUUCGUCGGAGGUGGACACGAACCGGGCCAUUCGUCUUGGUCAGAGGAUGGGAUGCCCUACUGCUUCAACAUCCGAUCUGGUUGCAUGUUUACGAACCAAGGAUGCCAAGAGUUUGAUGAGAACUGCAGGAGGGGUAUACGGCGCCUACCCGAUCUUCGUGGACGGCCUCUUCCUGGAAAACACGCCCACUAACUUGUAUCUGUCACGUGACUUUAAGCGAUGUCCAAUCCUAGCGGGCUUUAACAAAGACGAGGGCACUAUGACGCCAUACUUCUACUACCCACGUUACAGAGGGCAGUCUUACCACCCCUUCAUCGGUCUGAGGGCUGCUCAGAAUCGCGUGACCCGGAUGGUAUCGGGGAUGGGGUUCACCGGUAGCAUCCUGCGUAACGCAGCCUUGGAGGUGUACACGAACUGGUCGAUGAUACCGGAUCCUACUGCGAACUUCUUCCGGACGUUCGUCGACGUCGAAACCGACGUGUACUACGCAUGCACCACUGAUAAGGUUCUCCGUGCUCACGACAGUGCUGGCAGUAAAAUAUACAAAUAUGUUUUAACCCAUGAGCCUACUAAGAGUGUCUUUCAGUUCCGUGACGUCAUACCGUCCACCCCGUGGUUGAAGGCAGGUCAUGGAGAAGAUUUGACCUUUGUCUUCGGCUUUCCCUUUAUCGAUGAACUCUAUCAUGUUCGAGGUCAUAACGUCACCGAAGAAGAGAAGAUCCUCUCCAUUCAGAUAAUGAAGUAUUGGACAAACUUCGCUAAAACAGGAGAUCCAAAUCUGUCAGAGGUGCUGGGUCUACCCCAAACAAACACCUUGCCGCCCUGGCCGGAAUUCAACGCUGGAGGGCUGAGACACAAAGUUUUGUCCCAGGGUUUCAGGAACGGUAGAGCAGCUCGAGCGAGGCAGUGCCAUUUAUUGAACUCUUAUCUUCCUAUGCUUAAAGCAUCAACAACUCCAAUGGUAGAACUGGAGCAGCAAUGGAGACGUGACUACACUUCGUGGAAGUCUGAUUACGGUAUAUGGAAGAGAAAGUUUGAGGAAAAUGUAUAAAUGGGUCACCCUACAUAAUAGACCUUACGCAUUGACAUCAUCGCGCCGCCAUCUUAGAGGCUAAAGCCAUUGCCUUGCAUGUGAAGGUGAUCUGCAGCUGACGCAACUCUGACAACUCCGUUUACGUGAAUUCCUAUAUCCUCUGAUGAUGAAAAAUCAUAUCUAAUUUAGGAAAUAUUACUUUGAAUGUAAGAAAUAUUACGAAUGAAUAAAUAUUACUCAUACUUACAGAAUCACGAAGUUUUAACUUGCAUGAGUUUUUAUUUUGGUAAGCUUUCGCUUGCGACUCUAUAUACAGAAUUAAUUAAACCUUCGUCGUCGAUUUUCAACCUAGCUUUUGCUGGGUGCAAACCUCUGAAUUUUGAUUGCUCCGAAAAGAGGAAAAUUAUCGAUCAACUUGAUGAAAUGUUUCCUGGAGAAUAGGAGCCCCUCCAUUACCGGAAAAUAAAACAAAUUAAAGGAGUUUUAUGAGGUAGGCCUAUUAAUCGCUAAAAAUAGUUUUGAAUUGACAUUGCAUUAACAACCCCCCCCCCCCCGAAUGAGAUGGAAAUGUUAUAGACAGUGUUUUUACCCCUUUUUUUUAAUUUUAAAUGCUUGUUAAAAGAUGUAUUUUGUUGCUGUUUGUUAUUUUGUUUUAUAGGGGAAAAUCGUCUGUCGUAGAUGGUGUAUUUUGCUGAUGCAGCACGACGAAUAAAAGAAUGUGUUAUUACAGCGAUAAGCAGAGCCCUGGGGACGAUUUUUUUUACUGGGGGUGCUGAUGUAGAUUUAAAAAGCAAAAACAAAAAAUAGUUUAAGAAGAUUUUCACUAAAACAUGAGGUCAAUUUGGUCCUGAGAAUUUUGUAAAGCAAAAAGCAAAAAACUAAAAUAAUAAUGAAAUAUAAAAAUAAAGGGGUUCACUACAAAAUGAAGGUCAUUUUGGUUACAUCUCUCCAUUUUGUCACACCUUUAAGAAUUCCAGUGGUGCUGCCUAUCUUUUCUAGUCUGAAUAUCGCAAGCGCCCCCAGCAUCCCCGCUUCCCAGCGCCAUGCAAUAAGAUUAACAUUUUUUCAGUGAAUCAUUGUAUUAAUAAAUAUAUCCGUAUCAGUGA